CAGAGACAGACACAGAGACUCAAAGACUCCCAGCCUCCUCCCCCAGACAUGUCUGCUUAGCCCUGAGCAGCCCCAGCAGCCAGCCCCAGCAAGCAGCCGUCUCCAAGCUAUGACAGGAGUAUUUGACAGAAGGGUCCCCAAUAUCAGAUCCAGCGAUUUCCAGGCUCCUUUCCAGACGUCUGCAGCCAUGCACCAUCCGUCUCAGGAAUCUCCAACUUUACCCGAGUCCUCGGCUACGGAUUCCGACUAUUAUAGUCCAACGGCGGGAGCCCCGCAUGGCUAUUGCUCGCCUACCUCGGCUUCCUACGGCAAAGCGCUCAAUCCGUACCAGUACCAGUACCACGGCAUGAAUGGACCUGCUGGGAACUAUCCUGCCAAAGCCUAUGCAGACUACAGCUACGCGAGUCCUUACCACCAGUACAGCGGGGCUUACAACCGGGUACAGAGCUCUUCAAACCAGCCAGAGAAAGAGGUGGCGGAGCCCGAGGUGCGAAUGGUGAAUGGCAAACCAAAGAAAGUUCGCAAACCCAGGACUAUUUAUUCUAGCUUCCAGCUGGCUGCGUUACAGAGGAGGUUUCAGAAAACUCAGUACCUAGCCCUGCCAGAAAGAGCUGAACUGGCUGCUUCUUUGGGACUGACACAGACACAGGUGAAAAUUUGGUUUCAGAAUAAAAGAUCCAAGAUCAAGAAGAUUAUGAAAAACGGGGAAAUGCCUCCGGAGCACAGUCCGAGCUCCAGCGACCCCAUGGCUUGCAACUCUCCACAGUCACCUGCGGUUUGGGAACCUCAGGGCUCUUCCAGAUCCCUCAGCCAUCAUCCUCAUCCUCACGCUCCAAACUCCAACCCAUCCCCUGCAUCCAGCUACUUAGAAAACUCCACUUCCUGGUAUUCCAGUGCUAACUCCCUCAAUUCCCACCUCCAGCCCCACGGCUCCCUACAACACCCGUUAGCGCUGGCCUCUGGGACAAUUUAUUAGACUAUUUUUUCCCCUGGACUCCUGUGUUUUACUGUUAAGGAAUCAUAACGAAAGGAAUGCCUGUGGGGGAGUUUUAAAGGGAAGCAAAACAAAACAAAAAAAAAUUAAAUGUGUAACGCUUGUGCAUGUAACUUAUUGCAUUUCAAAGGAGACCCUUUUUUACAGACGGACAAUUUUUGCUCAGCUGUGGACACUAUCAGUGGUGCCUUGAAAUCUAUGACCUCAACUUUUCCAGAGACUUUUUUUUUCAAUGUUAUUUUAACCCUGUAAAUAAGUGUAGAUAGAGGGAUUAAACUGUAUAUUCUGAAUAAAUAAAAUUAUU